AUGCUGAAGCUGCUGUUCGCAUGGCCUUUGUAUGUGUGGAAGGUUUUCUUCGACUUCAAGCGUCGUGUGCAACACACGUACGCCAAUGAUGGGGAGUACAAGAAAGCAGCCGCAGAGACUGCAGCCGCCAACAAGCGGCGGAAGUUGAAUGGCAUCGAUGCAGAUGCCUCAGACACAGACGACAGCGACUUGGGCCGCCGCAUGCUGGAGACGAUGGGUGAAAUCAGCAUGUCGAGUAGUUUCAGUGGGAUAGACACGCCGUCUACGGCUUUCCUCAGCCUGGGCGCCGGCCUAUGUGAAUACUUGGGGCUGCCCAUGGAGCACAUACCUCGCCCGCGUAAUGCGUUCGGGGUAGAGUGGCUGAGUGCCAGCCAAAACGAAUUGUUGGAACAUCCUCAUGGGCCGGAGCAUGUCUUCACGGACAUUGCAGAGUUUUGGCAGCCGACGGUAGCAGCACGCUUGCCUGCCAUCAUGGAGUCUGGGCAAACUGACGCGAUCUUGGCUCCUUUGAUCAGGCAAGGAAAAGCCGUGAAGCGUGAGGCUUUUUGUGUGCGGCACCAGAAGCUUUGCCAGGCCAGGUUCUCUAGCAAGGCUGUUGAGGUAGAGUUCUCCAUGUAUGUUCCUUGUGUGAUCUUCUGCUUCGAUGAUUCGAUGGAGAGCGUAGUGGUCCAGGAAAAUGUUGAGGGGUUCGACAGCUCGCAACUCCAGAAGCUUCUCGGGCAUCUUUACCAUCUGGACUGGACUGAUGCGGCCUUGCUAAGUCCGGACCAGUAUGGGUGGCCAGUGGCAAGAGUCCGGAAAUGGUCGAUACUCCGGCACAAGUAUAAGACUUCUGCAUGGGCAGGGCCGUGGAACAUCUUUUGCCGGAUCUUCCAAUCUGAGAUGUGGUUUGGGAAGUAUACAGACUUUGCCUCAGCGGUCCCGGCGUGGGACUUGUUCUUCUCUGGCAGUUUGCAGGAGAUGUACGAUGAGCUGAAAUGGGCGUCGCGCAGGCCCGAAUCGAAGGCGCCAAACAGGCAAUGCUGUUUUGCAAACUUUGAAGACUUCUGCAAGGCUUACGAGCAAGAGCCCGCAAAGGUUCAGAAUGCAUUUUAUGCAGCCCUCACUGAAACAGAGCAGGCUUUUUUGCUGAGCUACCAGCAACAGAUCCCUGGUCAAGCGUAUUCGCUAAAUCAAAAUCCAGAAGUGACUGCCACCUGCAGCAACCAGAAGAAUCUCCACACGCUGAUCAAGAAUACAACUUUGAUUUGGAGCGACGUGCACCAUCGAUGGCUCCUUGCCGGGGAAGCUAUGUUGGCCCAAGCCAUACCCGCUUGGAAAGACUUAUCCCAGGGGAUUCCAAUGACAAGCUUUGCCACAGAGAACGACAAGUGUGCGCAGUCGUCUCGCUCUGCACGGAUUGGCCAAGCAGGGAACGCGAUGCAUUGUAUGAUUUGCGGCAUUGCGCUGCUUUAUGCUGUAGCGGAAGUUCGACUGCAGGCGGUCAAGGGACUGCCAGUCGGCUUGCAGAAUCUUUGUUCACGUUUGCGUGCUUCCUCGGCCGGCCCAAGGCACUCGAGCGCAAGCCAGCCAUAG